AUGUAUUCAAUAUCAUCAUCAUCAUCAUCAAAUAAAUUAAAUUCAACAAUGAAGAUACUUAUUGAUUCAAAGCAAUAUAAAAAAGCUUUGGAUCUUUUUAAUAAACAAUCUCAAAUAUCAACAAAUUUCACAAUAAAUAUGGCAAUAAAAGCUUGUACUAAACUACGUGAUUAUCAAACAGGAUUUAAAAUUCUAGAAGAAUUUUCAUCAAAAUCACGCAAUGAUCCUUAUAUUCAAACAUCAUCAAUACAUUUUUACAUGCAAUUUCAUAAAAUUGAUCAUGCUCAUAAUUUAUUUUUGAAAGCUAUUAACAAAUCAGAUGCAUUGUAUGCAGUUAUGUUUCAAGGUCUAAUUACUAAUAAAGUACCAGAGAAAGUAUUGGAUUUAUUUAAUCAUAUGAAAAUUCAACCUGGUCGUUUUACAAUCACUGCUUUAUUUAAUGCAUGUGCACAACUUUCAAAUGAUAGAGCAAAAACUAUUGGCAAAAAGAUUCUUCAACAGCUAAUGAACAAUAAUCAUUCUGAUAAUAUUCUAUUAAAUUCAGCGAUAUUUAUGUUGAUGAAUUUUGGUGCAAUGAUAAAAGGAUAUCAAGAAAAUCAAGAGUAUGAAAAAGCCUUAGAUUUAUAUGAAAAGAUGAAUUUCAAAGGAAAUAAAGUCAUACAUACGAUUGUGUUUAAUACUUGUACUCAACUUUCAAAUGAUCGAUCAAGAGUUGUUGGAAAAAAACUUCUUAAAACGAUACUCAAUAAUGGUCAACAUGACAAUCUUGUACUUAAUUCAGCAAUACGAAUGUUAACAAGAUUUGAUGAUGUUAAAGAAGCUGAACGUAUUUUUUUUUUGAUCAAAGAAAAAGAUAUCUAUAGUUUUAAUGCAAUGAUAAAAGGAUAUGAGAAAAAUGAAGAAUAUGAAAAAGCUUUAGAUUUAUAUGAACAGAUGAGUUUUAAACCAAACAAUGUAACUUACACAAUUGUAUUUAAUAUAUGUACUCAACUUGCAAAUGAUCGAUCGAAAAAAAUAGGAAAAAAUCUUUUUGAAUUAAUUCUUACUCAUGAUCAUCAAUAUGAUGAUUUUCUAUUAACUUCAGCUACAAACAUGUUAAUGAAAUUUGGAGAUGUUAAGAAUGCUGAACGUAUUUUUCGAUUAAUUCGAGAUAAAAAUAUUAUCACUUAUACUAUAAUGAUAAAUGGAUACAAAAUAAAUCAAGAACCAUUGAAAUUUAAUGCUUAUGGACUUAAUGGGAUGGGUUAUGAAGCUGUUGAAUUAUAUAAAAGAAUUCCAAAUAAUGAACAAGAUGAAAUUUCACAUAUAUGUGUUUUAAAUGCUUGUUCUCAUUCUGGUCUUCUUGAUGAAGCUCAUAUUAUCUUCAAUCAAAUUCAUAUUAAAACAGAAAAAAUUAUAACAACUAUGAUUGAUUGUUUGAGUCGUUUGUUUUUAUUUGAUGAAGCACAAAGUUUGAUUGAUAAUUAUGGAAAAAUAAAUCCACCAAGUCUUAUUAUGUAUAUGGCUAUGCUAUCCGGUACACGUAAUCAUCGUAAUAGUCAAUUAGCUGAAAAAAUAUAUGAUCGUAUGAAAUCUUUAUUUCCUGAUGAAAAACAAUCUCUUUUACCCAGUGCAUUCCUUCUCUCAAAUAUAUAUUCUUCAUUUGGUGAAUAUGAACGAGCAAUGGAUAUUCGAUCUAAACAAGAAAAUGAAUUAGGUUUAAACAUCAAAGUUGGAGUAACAUGGACAAUGGUUAAUGAUGAAUUAGUGGAAUUUAAAGCUCAUGAUAUUUCUCAUCCACGAUCAGAAGAGAUCUAUGCUCAACUUGAUCGUUUAGCAUUAUUAUUAUUUAAACAUGGUCUUACGUUUGAUGCAAGUUGGAUAACUCGUAAAAUUAAUAUAAAUGAAAGUUUUCAAUCAGUUUUAUGUGGUCAUAGUGAAAAAUUAGCCAUUGCUUUUAAUUUAAUUCAACGACCUAUACCAUCAAUCAUUCAAAUUACAAAAAAUCUUCGUAUCUGUGGUGAUUGUCAUCAAGUCACAAAAUUAAUUGCAAAAAUACAACAAUGUCAUAUUAUUGUUCGUGAUGCUAAUCGUAUUCAUCACUUUUAUCCAAAUGGAAAAUGCUCUUUAUCUGUUGUUGAAUCAUCACAAAUAUCAACAAAAUAUGAAAUUUUACUUGAUCAGCAUCAAUUAAAAACAUCAUUAGGUAAUAUAAUAACAAUUGAAAAUGAAUUUCUUACAUUAGCAGCACUUGCACAAGAAUGGAAUCAACAAUAUAAAAAAAUUGAUUUAUCAUCAAUGCAUUUAUAUUCUUUAAUAAAUACAUUUAUUGAUAAUCCAUUAAAAUUUACAAAAAAUCAACUUAUAGAAAAAUUAAUGUAUUUUCUUGAUUGA